UCCUCCGCCGAACGGAAAACUCUAUAACGCGCAUCGAACCCAAGUUUCAUCGAGCAGAAAUCCAGGAACUGAACUAUAUCCACAAUGGUUGUCUCCGUCAAGGUCUUCAAGAAGGCCACGCCUAACGGCAAGGUCACCUUCUAUCUGGGCCGCCGCGACUUCAUUGACCAUCUGGACUACUGCGAUCCCGUGGACGGGGUCAUAGUGGUGGAGCCGGACUACCUGAAGAACAGGAAGGUCUUUGGCCAGCUGGCCACCACCUAUCGCUAUGGCCGCGAGGAGGACGAGGUCAUGGGAGUGAAGUUCUCCAAGGAGCUGAUCCUGUCGCGGGAGCAGAUCGUUCCGAUGACCAAUCCCAACAUGGAGAUGACCCCCAUGCAGGAGAAGCUGGUGCGAAAACUGGGCUGCAAUGCCCAUCCCUUCACCUUCCACUUCCCGCCCAACUCGCCCAGCUCGGUGACCCUGCAGCAGGAGGGCGACGACAAUGGCAAGCCCCUGGGCGUGGAGUACACCAUCCGGGCCUUUGUGGGCGACUCCGAGGACGAUCGCCAGCACAAGCGCAGCAUGGUCAGCCUGGUGAUCAAGAAGCUCCAGUACGCGCCCCUCAAUCGCGGCCAGCGCCUGCCGAGCUCGCUGGUCAGCAAGGGAUUCACCUUCUCGAACGGCAAGAUCAGCCUGGAGGUCACGCUGGACCGGGAGAUCUACUACCACGGCGAGAAGACGGCGGCCACCGUCCAGGUGUCGAACAACUCCAAGAAGUCGGUGAAGAGCAUCAAGUGCUUCAUUGUGCAGCACACCGAGAUCACCAUGGUGAACGCCCAGUUCAGCAAGCACGUGGCCCAGCUGGAGACCAAGGAGGGCUGCCCCAUCACCCCGGGCGCCAAUCUGACCAAGACCUUCUACCUGAUUCCCCUGGCGGCCAACAACAAGGAUCGCCAUGGCAUUGCUCUGGAUGGGCACCUGAAGGACGAGGACGUCAACCUGGCCUCGUCGACCAUGGUGCAGGAGGGCAAGUCCACGGGAGAUGCCUGUGGUAUUGUCAUCUCGUACUCGGUGCGCAUCAAGCUGAACUGCGGCACCCUGGGCGGGGAAAUGCAGACGGAUGUGCCGUUCAAACUGCUCCAACCGGCUCCUGGCACCAUCGAGAAGAAGCGCUCGAACGCCAUGAAGAAGAUGAAGUCCAUCGAGCAGCACCGCAAUGUCAAGGGCUAUUACCAGGACGACGACGACAAUAUUGUGUUCGAGGACUUCGCCAAGAUGCGCAUGAACAACGUGAACAUGGCCGACUAGGCCGGCGCUCUCUAAUCUCUGGAAUCCUUCCUAUAGCUUUGUUGUGAACCGAAACAGGACCGAACGGAACCGAGUUGAACGGAAACCGAAAACGAAACCGAAACCGAAACCAAACCGAAAGCACUGAAAACUUGUUGCAGCAGUCUCUCGUGGAGGCCACAAUCUUUGUAUUAUAACCGUAUCCAUAGUCUAUAACUAUAACUUUGGUGGAUCUGGAGUUUGUACCCGUACAUAUGCAUGUUGAAGUGUUGAAUCGACCUCGUGUCCCUAUAUUAUAAAUGUGUUAUGGCUAUCAAGA